AAUUUGCAUAAGACACACGCCCUGCCCCCGAGAAAGCGCUGUCGUUUCGUUACCUCGCCAUUCUUCAGGGCAACAGAUCUGAUUUCCGUUGCCACUGAACGUUCACGAGCUUGGCAUCUAAUAGAGCUUUUAUCGAAGCUAUCUAUCUUUCUAUAAAUGGGCGGAGCGCUCUUGUUCCUAUUGUUGGGCAAAGCGCCUAACUUCCUGAUUGCUUUGUGACGGCGCACAGGUUAUAGUUCAGUCCAGCUGCCAGGCAGGUAUACGUAACAACUGUUGGGAAAGAGCGAAAUAGCUACAAACCACUAAGUAGUUUGGCGCUGUGGCAGAUGGUCAAGCAGCACUAUGGCAAUGACCUGGGCCUGAGGAUUGUAGAGAUAGAAAGUCUACAGACAUCAGCAGAAUCAACCACGCAGAAACACACCAGCAUGACUGUGAGGCCUGGUGGAGAGGACUCUGGGAGGCCGUCUACUCUGCGCCUCCAGCCGGGGGAUCAGAGCUCCUUUGAGCCCACUGCGCCCCAGGGAGAGGACCUACCCUCACCCCUCGGACAGAGCUCCAUCCACUCAGGAAACACGGAUGAUGCUUGCAGCACCUCGUCUCGGUGUACUCCUGACCCAUCCCUGGACCGCUCUGCCCCGGAGCGGGUCUCCAAGCGCUCUGAGCUCUCUCUGGACCUCAACUCUAACUUGGACCGCUUCUCUGAACAGAGCGGCUCGGAGAGUGCAGAGGAGGAGGAGAGGGUGAGUGUCUCCCAGCAGCAUGGCAGGCUCUAUGUGAAUACGGUUUUCAACAUCAGUGCAGAAAAGAUGUUUGAACUGCUCUUUACCGAAUCCCACUUCAUACGAAGAUUCAUGAAUGCCAGGAAGAUCACCAAUGCCGUCCUCACACGGUGGCAGAGUGACGCGUCCGGCUCUAUGAAGAGGAGUCUCAACUACACCAUCACCAUCACCAACCCUCUGGUGGGCAAGUUCUCCACCGCCACGGAGAACCAGAUUCUGUACAAGGAGUUCAGGGAAGGUCAGUACUACCUCGUCGACUCGGAGGUCUACACACAUGACGUCCCGUACCACGACUACUUCUACACUCAGAACCGCUACUGUAUCAUCCGCCAUUCCAAACGCAAAUGUCGACUCAGGGUGUAUACUGAUGUGAAGUAUAAGAAGCAGCCGUGGGGGUUGGUCAAGUCCUUCAUUACCAAGAACUCCUGGAGUGGCCUGGAGGACUACUUCAGACACCUGGAAUCUGAGCUGAUGGAAGAGGAGGCGGAGCUGAACCAGGGAUGCGGAGACUCCGGUAAGAUGACUGGCGGGUUGCGUCAUUGGCGGAGAAGGACGUUCAGUCGGACACUACAGGAGCACCUGAAGCCCAGCAAGCAAUACGAGCCCGACUUAGACCCCCACAGAGAGGGCAAGACGGAUCCCAUAGAUAUGAAGGGUCCACCUCGAUGGAACAUCUCUACCAUCAUAGCUGGGAUGAGUGUCAUUCUGCUGAUUCUAACAGUACUGAACCUGGGGCUGUUCUUUAAGCUGUGGGCCAUGGAGGAUGUGGCCAACCGCAUGUACCUGAGCACCAAGCACCACCUCCGGGAGAGGACCGAGAGCAGUUUUGCUGCUGACUUCUUUCCCGAACCGGCCCCAACAUACAGGACCAGAGAGGAGACUUUGCUGCUGAAAGCAGUGCUGCAGGACUCCAUUAACCUAUUGGAGCAGCUCCGCAGUUCUCUGUCGCUGCUUCAGCAGAAAUUUGUAACCAACAGAACAGCAAUUCUGCAGUGACACCGUCACACCUGGCGACCUCACUACGCCCUCUGAAGCCUGGGGUUGUAAAGGCUACAGGGACACGCCUCUGAGGACUCUCUCGUAACCAGGGGUGUUGCUAAAGGGACGACUCAUGCACAGACUUGUUACUGAGAGCAACAAUUGUUCAAGUCCCAGGGCCUUUAAUAGUGUGGUACCAGGUAGAUGGAUUUUUUAAUUUUUAUUUUAUUUAACUAGGCAAGUCAGUCAAGAACAAAUUCUUAUUAAAGUUCAACUGUCGGCACUGCGCUGUGGAGGAAGAAAAAGGUUCCCAACCAUCACUGGGAGACGACUGGUGGACUGGGGUUUAUGUAGGGUGCUGUUUUCAGUUUGGUAGUUCUUUAUUCUUCCUUAAUGUUGGUGCUGGGUUUACUGUGAUUAAGUAAGAAGUUCUACUGCAUGCCUCACUGCGUACCCCUUCGAUUGACAAGCCAAUCACAGCAGAUGUGAGCCGAUGGUGUGAUCAGCAGAUGAGAGCCAAUGUUUUGAUAGAAAUGAAUGUAAGUAAGGGCCAAUGUAAGGAAUCCAUGAAAUAUUUUUACUUUUUGCACAGUGCCUUGUGUACUUUUUAUGGUUUUUAGAUUAAUUUUGAAUCUUUUUUUCAAUUAGAAGGCUUUCAGAAAGUAAUUUAAUAGUUUAUUUUUAAUGCCCAUGGGUUUCUGCUCUUGUGAAAAUGUGAAUAAGUAUGGAGUUGAGAAGAGAAAAAAAAUGCUAGCCUUGGAUGUUUUGGGGUUUUUCAGCUGGUUUGUAGAUGUACAGCAGACCUCAAUAUCAGGGUUGUGUUCAGAAGGGUGCAAUGUUCUGAACGCUGCAGAUAUAAAUGCCUUUUAUAGACCUGUCAUGUAACCUUAUUCUACAUGAGUUUGUUCUACAUAAUAUUUUUUUAUCUGAACGUUCUGUAACAUUGCACCCCACUGAACGUGACCCAGGUGAACUUUCUCAGGAGCAUUUGGUUAGAACCAAAACAUCCCGAUUGAAUAAUACUGAUUACAUUUUGUUAAUCCUGAUAGCUUUCCCAUGUAGGCUAGGCUAGAGGGUUAGUGGCUGUUGUGGAAUUAAUAUUCCAUCCACAUGCCACACCCAUUCAAGAAGCCACAGCACUAAAACGCUGCACUGCUUUUGUGUAGUUCACUAUAAGAAUGUGACCACCACAAGUUUGGUCUGGACUCUGAGUUGAAUCCACACUAGUGCCUUGUUAACUUUGUUUGAAUUGUUAUUAUUGUAAAUUACAAUUUACAAUGACAAAUGUUCAUUUUGUGCAGCAUAUACCACUCAUUUCUGUGUGUGGCGGUAUAGCUUCAGACUAUGUAACGCCCAUCCUUAUUUUUUAAAUAAAAGCACAGGAAUCUUCUUACCGUUGUUACAUGGAAUCAAUGUGAACCAUUGGAUGUGAAUAGUUUAUACACACACACACACUGUAUAAUUUUUUGGCUAUUUUGUACAUUUGUUAGACAAAGAUGUAAUGUAUUGUUGCUUUGAAUAAAGAAACACUUUCCUGC